AUGAGACUACGUCGUGGUAAACGUUCGAUCAACUUUUUGUGCUUGAUUCGUUGGUCUAUUGUAUUAUGUUGUGUUUUCAUAUCAAUUGUAAUCCUUCAUAUUUUGUCAACAGUUAUUAGUUAUCAUUAUUUUACUCAUACGUUUCAAUUUUCCAAUGUGUCUUUUUGGAAAGACGAUCGAGUAACAUCAAAAACUCCGUUAUUACCGAACACAGAGAUUGAAAAAGUAAAUUUAACAAACUCAACGAUUGUUAUCACAGCUUGCUGUCGGAAUGUCCGAAGAAAUCUGCCAGGUUUUCAACGGAAUAUUCAAUCAAUAACAAAAUUAUUCGGUAACUAUCGAAUCUACCUCGGUGAAUCCGAUUCUGAUGAUGAAACAUUAACAUAUUUGAAUCAAUGGAAGAAUAACGAUUCCGAUCAUGUUCGAGUCUAUACAUACGGACAGCAGCGAUGGAAGCUCAUGUCACGUACAAAUCGUAUCGCUUUUUGUCGCAAUAAUCUUCUAACUGAAGCGCGCAAAGAAAUGCCAUCAUUCGAUUAUUACUUCGUUGUCGACGUCGAUGUUGGUUCAUCGAGCUCAUUCGAAAUCAGAGAUUUUCUUUCAAAUUUCAUCUAUCCUUCUUCAUCAUGGCUAGCAAUGACAGCAACACAACGAGCAGAAUACUAUGACAUAUGGGCUCUACGAAUUUCACCCAUACUACCGUUUGAUUGUUGGAAAAAAAUCAAAGAAUUAACAUCGUAUUUCAUCGAUCAAUCAUAUUUAAUCGAUCGUUUAGUGAAAAUCCAUCAAAAAUCCAUUCCACGUCACGUACCUUUGAUUGAAGUUCAGUCUGCGUUUGGUGGGGCUGCUUUAUACAAUGGAAAAUAUUUGAAUAAACAUUGCUCGUACAAUGGAAAUGAUCAGGAGCGACAAUUAACAUUCUAUUCUCAAUGUGAACAUGUACCUUUUCACAGUUGUAUUCAAAAAUACGCAAAACAACAGAAAAUCUAUAUCAAUCCAGUAUUUCAAAUUUGUUAA